UCGUAAACAUUGCGAAAUGCGAAAAAAUAAUUAUUAUACGUUUCUUGUUUAUUCCUGUGGAAGUCGUGCGUAAAUUUGUGUUUUUCACGUUAUUACAGUAGUGUGACAAGUUAAUUUAAGUAAUAAAGUAGUGCAAAAUAGUUGGUUACCUAGCAAACUUUUGUUACAUUUAGAAUAAUGAAUACGGACGGUGAAAUGCAAUCGGAUGCAGAAUCGCUUCCAGAAUUUUCCGCCAGCGAGGAUGAUUGGAAACCGGAUGAGGACCAAGGUGCUUCUAGUAUUCUGGGAAAAAGGACAAAAAAGAAGCCCAAAAAAACGGUUCCUGCUAAAAAGGUUCCCCCACGAGCCACUCGUGUCUCUCGUCGGAUUGCUUCCAAACUGGGAAAAGAACUGCCAGACGAUGAUCUGGAACCGAUUCCUUCGGUUUUGCCAGCAGACAAAGUUGUCUCAGACGACGAGAACAUAAACUGUUCCUCAUCAUCGAAUUCCGAUGAUGAGGAAGCUGAUUCGAAACCAACCAAACGGAAGGUUACCCGUAAGAUGAAAAAGAAACCUACUCGUCGAACAGAAUCGAAAAAAGAUGUUGAAGAAGAGCAAACUCCAAUAAAGUUGACCACUUUCACCGUAGAGCAGUUGUAUCGAAAGUAUCGUCCUGAUUUGGUCGGAGGUCCUUCGACUUCGAAAAAAUCGAAAAAAGAAUGUCAUAAGGAAAGGGGUGAUGAUGAUGGCAGUAGCAGUAGUAGCAGUGGAGAUGAUUAUCUGGUGGAUCCUUCGGAACUGAAUUUGAAUUCCGAUUUUUUCCAUCCCGUGGAAGACAUUGAUUCCAAAAAGAAGGAACGGAUUGAGUUUGAUUGCAAUGCGGGUAUGAAGAUAGAAGAAUCAGAGGACGAGGAGGAAGACCAACCGUUGAGUUCGGUAAAGGUCGAAGAGAAAGAAACAACGGAUUUCAAUCGAAAGUUGAUUCAACAAAUAAACCAAACCAGUCAAGAUUGCAUGGCUUUAUUACGAAUGGCUGAAGCAUCAAGAAAAUUGGAAGAUGAGCGAUCGAAGUUGGAAAAAUUAUCUAAACAAAGAUCAGAAAAAGCCCAAAAGUCAGAGAACGAAGACGUAUCCAACGUCCUGUUUGACGGCGAAAAGAUUAAAUCUAAAAGCAAGAAGCAAGACGGAAGGGAUGAUUUUGUGGCCGUCAAUAGCAAAAAGAAAGAAGACGAACAAAAAUCAGUUCAAAUCACGAUCAAAUUCGAAUCUGCAGAAAAGGGCAAGAAAGUGAAGAAAAAAGUAGACCUCAUGACUGCCAUCAAAAGGUUAAUGAAUAGGGAAAAACGACAAAAUCAAAUUCAUCUGCACAAAGUUUCGAUCCUCUGCUGGAUCGGUCAUGGCACAUUCCUCAAUAGGACAAUCUUGAAUCCGAGCCUGGCUCAACUGGCCACCAAAAAGUUACUACCUUCUGCAAGCUGCCGACCGAAAGGUCUUACAAAUCUGCUCUAUUUUGAGCAAAUAACUAGAUAUUUUAAGAAAGUUAUCAAAUUGAAAAAUAAUGUAAUGUAUUUUCGAUCGGCUACAAAAAUGCCUCCCCUGUUGGCUACUCUUAAGUACCAGCUAAUUCAACGAGCAGCAUUUUCCAAACGGGACUACAUUCUCCUGUAUGUGAUCAUGCUACGUUCCCUGAACAUUCACUGCCGGCUAGUGAUGUCUCUGGUUAACCCACCAAAACAUGUUCACUCCAGCGAACUCUAUCGAAUGAACCCCAAAACCCGAGAAGAACUUGAAGCUGACCGUCGACUCCUUCUAGACUUUCGGAACGCCCGAAAAAAUAGCACAAUUUUCAAAGUAAAAGAGAAACUAGCUGCACUAGUACUCAAAAACUCCGAUCAAACCAACCGAGAAGCUGCCCGGAAGCGUCGACGGGAAGGAUUUUGUGCAACCCCUAGUAUCCCGCAGCUAGAUGGAAGUCACGAUUUUCAUCCGCCACACAAACCCUCAAAAUCAGUACCGAAUAAAAAGCUUAAACUUAUGGAACAGUCCUUCAUGGAGAUGGAACAAAAUCUCAGGGCCAAAAUAAUCGCCAGUUCCACUGAUAAGGAUAAAAGAGCGCUAAAAAAGCAAGAGGAACCAGCCUUUUCAGAAGAUCUUGACGAACAGGUUCGUCGAAGACGAGAAAAGAUCCUAGCAGCCUAUCAAGCUUCCAGGGAGGAAGAGUUGGCAAGGGCCCGGGCCAAGAAGCGGGCUCAGCUGGCAAAAGAGGCCGGCUACGAAAUCGUUGAAGAGUACGAUGCUGGAGAAGGAAGUAGCGGUUUGCAGCUUCCAGCUUCUCCGCCGAGGAAACGAGGUCGAGUUAGUGCGGAGGAGCUGGCUCGCCAAAGACGACCGGGCGUUGAUCUUUGGGUUGAGGUGUAUUGCGAGCAUGAGGAUAAGUGGGUCACGAUUGAUGUGGUGAGCGGAAAGGUGCACUGCCUCGAGGAUAUUGUGAACCACGCGUCACAUCCCAUCGCGUACGUUUUGGCCUGGAACAACAACGGAACCAUCAAAGACGUUUCACCGCGGUACAUCUCCCGGUUGGGCAGUAAGAAAAGCAAACUUCGUAUCGAAGACGAAUGGCUGGAGAAAGCUUUAAGACCGUACCGGGCCACCAGACCUUCGCGCCGUGAUCGCACCGAGGACAUGAAAUUCGACAAAUUGUUGAACAAACGACCAUUCCCGGAGCAAAUCGCUGAAUAUAAAAACCAUCCGCGGUUUGCACUUGAACGGUUUCUGUUGAAAACGGAAGCCAUCUACCCGCCGGAUGCUGUUGUGCUGGGAUACAUAAAGGAGGAACCGAUUUACCCUCGGGAUUGUGUGCACGUUUUGUUUUCGAGGGAAGGUUGGCUACGUCAGGCCAUGACGGUUAAGAUGUUCGAGAAACCGUACAAGCUGGUGAAAGCGAAGGCCAAGUAUGAUCGGUACACCGGAACGACGAUUACCGGACAACAGAUGGAGCUAUUCGGGUCCUGGCAGGUUGAGGACUAUGAACCUCCGGUUGCUAAGGACGGGCUGGUUCCUCGAAGUGCCUACGGUAAUGUGGAUUUGUUCAAACCCUGCAUGUUGCCUAAAGGAACGGUACAUCUGCAGUUGCCCGGAUUGAAUCGCAUAUGCAAACGGCUGCGGGUAGAUUGUGCCCAAGCAAUAACGGGAUUCGAGUACCGGAACAACAUGUGUCAAGCCGUGUACGAUGGUUUCGUCGUGUGUGAGGAGUUCCGGGAUCAGGUGAUCGACGAAUGGUAUCAGGAACAGGUCGAGUUGGAGCGCAAGGAAGAUGAAAAACGGAAGAAACGCGUUUAUGGCAACUGGAAGCGGCUGAUCAAUGGAUUGUUCAUUAGGAAGAAAUUGAAGGAUCGUUAUAAUUUCGAUAAUAUGUAAUUUAAAUUUUGUAUUCAUUUUUUUGAUAAAUUGUUAAAAAUCUAAGUCGCAUGAAGAGUCGAAUUAUCGUUGUGUAUUAUUGUGACAUUAACAAAUAAUGUACCUAAUGUAAGGAUUAUAUUUAUGUUCUUUGAGACUGUGAAAUCUUCAAAAGAGUGAGGUCGAACCAACUUGUGUAUGGAUUACUUUCAAUUUUGCAAUUAUUAAUUUAGUUACGUCCAAGUA